AUGAUGUGGAGUACACCGGAGUAUCUUGGCCUGUCUUCCUCAUCCGUGUCAUCUAAGCUACCGUCCGCCACCUUCAACAUCACUGGAGGGCCUGAUCAAGAUCACGAUGAUCUCAAAGCCGCGCGUUGCUGCGAAUUCGGGUUUUUGAAUGUCAAUCUGUCCACGGAGAAAUGUUACAAGUUUAUCAUUGAAGACGUCGCCUCGCUAGCGCCGGUCAUAGCUCCGAUUGAGCCAUCAUCCACUCCGUCGCCGAAUCCAGCUUUGGCAGCCCGGUCCUCGCUGGGCGCGCACACCUACGCACCUUUGACUGCAAAAUCAUCUCCGGGAAGCCCGACCUUGGCGUUCACAUCGUCUCCACCAGGACCGUCAUGCAUAGACCUUUUCGAACGCGUAGACGCAUCGUGGUCAACGAUGGAAACCAAUACGAAAUUCUCCUCUAUACACGGUGGUCCCGACUCCGAUACCUACCGAAGACCAACAUGCUAUCCUGUGGGCGAAUAUGAACGGUAUCUUCUGGCACGAUCACCGUCAUGGACACUCGGGACAACCUUGUCAAGACUUAUAACCUCUCCGAAAUGCCCUGCUGCGUCGGAGACGUUAUAG